UCCCUGCCCCUCCCCCCAGCGGAGGGCCGGGGGUGGCAGAGUCCGGCCGGGACCGGGCCCGCCGGGCGGGGAUGGGGAACUGCCUCUCCUCGCAGGCGGCCGAUGACCUCUCGCUGCUCAACGACUCGGGGGACGGGGCCAGCCUGGGGCCCGGGGACCCGCCGCCCCCCCCGGCGCCGCCCCCCUACCAGGAACAUGAGCCGAUCCCAGUGUAUCACCCCACACCGAGCCAGACCCGACUUGCCACGCAGCUAACGGAGGAAGAGCAGAUCCGAAUUGCCCAGCGGAUUGGGCUGAUACAGCACCUGCCCAAAGGGAUAUUCGUUCCGGGCACGGAACCAUCGGAAAAAAACGUGAAAGAGUGUGUCAUCUGCAUGCUGGAUUUUGUGUACGGAGACCCCAUCCGGUUCCUGCCCUGCCUGCAUAUCUACCACGUGGACUGCAUCGACGACUGGCUGAUGCGCUCCUUCACCUGUCCCUCCUGCAUGGAGCCGGUGGACGCUGCUCUGCUGGCCUCCUACGAGACGAAUUGAGGCCAAGCGGCGGCGGCGUGGCCCAUGCUAAUGCUUCGAGGCUGGUGGUGCGGAGAGGUCGGCCGAGCUGGGGGCUUUUCGCUUUGCACCCUCACGGGUUACACCAAAGACUCCGGCAAGGAACGCCAGCUCUGCUGCCUCGCGGAUCGUCCAGAGCCGUUGGAACGUCGCUCCGCCUGAAUGUCAGUUAAAAGCUGCCUCUUGCAAUCUCUGUAUUAGCGUGUCAGGCUGAGGUAUGGAAAGUUCCCUUCCUGGGCCCUGCCAGAAAGCAGCACCUGCCCAUGCCAUGCAGCCCCUUCGAGUAGCUCCUCAGCGAGCAUGGCCUGGCUGGGAUGGGGAUGGGGGAAGGUGCUGUUAGGCUGCAGCCCCUUCGUGAGUGUGACGAUAUUGGCGUAAUGCAGAAGUGAGAGAGAAAUGGAUGAGGUUAAAUAAAAAUAGGUGCUGAUCCCCUCCAUUACAAGCAGAAGGUGCAAGAUCGUAGAGGUGCUGGCAAGAGCCGCAGGCUUGCGCUGCUCGACAUCUAGCUUGGUUAGGGAUUUGUUUUUGGUUCAUCUCUGCUUUAAAUAGUCACAACUCAGCUCCUUUAGCACCUGUUUUUUCCUUCCCCUGGGUGGCGGCAGCUGUGCUUAACCCCUCGGCUGACUGAAACCAAACCGCCCACCCCAAAUGGGCUGGAAUGACGAGAAUAAGUCCCCGAGUGGCUCCCUACCCGCUGUUACUCAAACAGGGGUGCCUAGAAGCAACCUCAGUGGGUGACGUUAAGUAGCAACGUUACAGCAGGACUCUGAUUCUAGCCCCACGAAUGGCACCCCAUAAAGGCGCUACCCUUAGUGUCAAUCUUGGGUUUGAGGAGGAAGGAAAACCAAACCCUGCUCAUUUUCUCUCUCCUGCUUUAGAGAUUAUUCUCGCCAAUCAGACAAUGUUUUAAUAUUCCAGCUGGCACAUCUGCCUGAACAAAGCUAUUUCCUGGAGGAAUUUCUCCCACCCCCAGAAGAUUUUAUAGUCCCCAAAAUAAAUUAUUUCUAUUAAGCCCAAUCGGCUUGGCACAAGGUGGUUUUUAUUGUGUCACAACUGAAUGGCUUUAAAUAACCGAAUGCAGAUUUCUUCCCUCGUGCUAUUUUAAGCGUCUGCCAGGUAAAGGGCAGUUGCUUUUGAUGCAUUUUCUCCUCUUUGAAGGCAGGGCAGCAGUUCAUUUGUUCCCUUUGAGGUUGCAACUUUAAUAUCAGUCAUUAAACUCUACAACCUGCAGAUUUGCCGCCUUAGCUGGCUCACAAGGCAAUGAAGACUAAUCAAAACUGCGAGAGUAGAAAAUUGGAAACAGAGGCCAAGUUUGCCCCACGAAAUAGGAAGUUUUCUUUCGCAUGGUGGGAGCACCAGGAGCUUCUCUUGUUGCCUUGAGACUUGAACCCACCCUAGCGAAGCCAGCUCGUUUGCCUUCCACGCACUCGGCUGUCAGAUGCCGCUCGUAGUGCAGGAAUCGGCCCGGCCCACCAGGGGUUAGCACAAUUUCUAGUGAGUUGCCAGUAGGACGGGCUGCCCUGUGCUCUGUUAGUAGCUCCCAGGCCAGAAGCGUGAAAGGGCUUUUCCAGUUACGUAUUGUCCUUAACAAGGAUUUAGCGCUUGAAAGUUAAGACUGAUGUACAUUGCAUUGGAAAUGAACAAUAAAAUAGAUUGCCUAUGA